UUUGAGGAGAUGCGCCUCCUGCCCUUCUCUGUGGCCAGAUGAACCUCGUAUCGAUGGCAGCCGUGGUGGCUGUGGCAGAACCAGAGCUGAAAUGGGUGUCCCUGUGGCUCCGUGUUCGCUGGGCGGCGGUGCUGGUGGUCCUCCUAGCCGCGCUGCUCAUGCCGUUGCUCCAGCUGACGUCGGUGGAAGAACAGUGCCACGCCGUUCUCAAGGGCUUGUCCUUGCUGAAAAGCAGACUGGGAUUGGGCUGUGUCGGGAUCACCAGCUACGCGGGGCAGACAACAGGCCUCAGCGUCACCUCGGGGAGAUUGGAGCUGCUGGUGUUGAAGCCAAAGGUCUCCCAAGAGGCCAGGUUAGAAGCCAAAGCAGCCCUGAACCAGGCCCUGGAGAUGAAAAGACAAGGGAAACGAGAGAAAGCUCACAAGCUUUUCUUGCACGCCCUCAAGAUGGACCCGGAUUACGUCGAUGCCUUGACAGAGUUUGGCCUGUUCUCCGAAGAGGAGAAGGACAUUAUUCAGGCUGACUACUUGUACUCCAAAGCCUUAACCAUCUCCCCCCGUAACGAAAAGGCUCUGAUCAGUCGCGACCGGACGCUGCCUCUCGUCGAAGAGAUUGACCAGAGGUUCUUUAGCAUCAUUGACAGCAAGGUCCAAAAAAUUAUGUCCAUCCCAAAAGGCAACUCCGCCCUGAGGCGGGUGAUGGAGGAGUCCUACUACCACCACAUUUACCACACGGUGGCCAUCGAGGGGAACACCCUGACACUCUCUGAAAUCCGGCACAUCAUCGAGACCCGGUACGCCGUCCCCGGGAAAAGCCUGGUGGAGCAAAACGAGGUCAUCGGCAUGCACGCUGCCAUGAAGUACAUCAACACCACGCUGGUCUCCAGAAUUGGGUCCGUGACCCUCAGUGACAUCUUAGAGAUCCACCGGAGAGUCCUGGGCUACGUGGACCCCGUGGAGGCUGGGAGAUUUAGGACUACCCAGGUGUUUGUCGGGCACCACAUCCCGCCCCACCCUCGCGACGUGGAAAAGCAGGUGGUUGAAUUCGUGCAGUGGAUCAACUCCGAAGACGCCAUGAGUCUACACCCGGUUGAAUUUGCCGCCUUGGCCCAUUACAAACUGGUUUACAUUCACCCCUUCGUGGAUGGCAACGGGAGGACCUCACGCCUCUUGAUGAACCUCAUCCUCAUGCAGGCCGGCUACCCACCCAUCACCAUCCGCAAGGAACAGCGGGCAGAGUACUACCACGUCCUGGAGGUGGCCAACGAAGGAGACGUCAGGCCCUUCAUCCGCUUCAUUGCCAAAUGCACCGAGACCACCUUAGACAUGUUGCUCAUCGCCACCACCGAGUAUUCAGUGGGCCUGCCAGAAGCGCACAGCAGCAGCACCACUGACUGCAAGCAGACCAUCUCCGUCAAAACCCGAACGUGACACCCAGACGCGGGAGGAGCAAGGCAUCUGCUUGGUGUCCACAUUUGCAAACGUUUUAAGAACACAGAACGAGAAAGGCACUUUCUUUUAAGCAUUUCAUUUAUUUAAAUAAGUUUUUUUUUUGCAGUAAUAUUUCAAAAUAUUUAUUAUCCCGUAGUAUCAGGCCAAAUGUAAAUUAUUUGUGGUUAACUCUGACUGGUUUCGUUAUGGGUUGGGGAAGCAGGAUGACUUCUAAGAACACACCAGCAUGGACCAUAGCGUGAGAUGGAUUCAGCAAAGAACCUUUUCCCAAACGGGCAUUAGACCUGCCACAUGUCGAGCACGAGUGCGUUCGCUGGAGAGAUUCAGUCCACAAUGGACUUCCCAACCAACGGCCAUUGGGCAGGAAAGAUGCGUUGCUAAUUUGCCCGCCAAACUCUGCCCAAGGAGUUUUAUUACGCAGCGACUUCUUCCAGCACAGCGCAGUUUGACAGUCAGCGCAUGGCAAUGCCCAAACUCCACCCGUAUUGGGGAGGGAAAUUCCUUUUCUGAAUCCACCCCAAGCUGUAACUUGUGUUGCCGCCAUUGCUUUCUUCGUUUAUGUGUGUCAGUUGCGUUCCCAACUUGAAGCCCACCUGUCUCCCUCGUGCCAACGCUCUGACCCUCUCAGUGGGGGGCCUGAUCCAGUUGCCACAGUAUUGCACACCCUUGCCUUAUUCCCCAUCCCCCAAUACUAUCACUCCGGUGAGACGUCUGAACUUGGGCCGAGAUCAAAAGGACACUCUAACUUAUUCUGUGGGCCCUACAGGCUUACGUCUCGCAUUCAAAAAUCACAACAUCAUGAUGCAGCGUGGGAAUCUGAGUAACCCGUAAUACGGCAGCGUCUGCUGCUGUUCAAAAGCCGAAGACCUUUACUGUGCAUCUAUCCAAGGUCACUCUUUGGAUCCCGGCCCUACUUGGGUACCAUUACCUGUGCAGAAUUGACUGAGUGGCCUGGAACAUGCUCCUCAUCGUGAUUAUUUUAUCUAAUACUAGAAAUUGGAGGGUUUGGUUAAAAGAAAAAAAAACAUGUUUGAUAGCACUUUACACAGAUUCACUUGACAGUAAAGGAACAGCAGCAGAAGCAAACAUUGCUCCUGAAUUCCAAGGACAGAAGAGAAAGAUGUUAUGCUUUUCAGUGAUGUUGGCAAGUCCAGCUUUUAAGCAUCAAGG